AAGGAAUUGGGUAUAGAUUUGUAGAAAUCAAUUCGGUCCAUAGUUACUUUUGAAGAUUAAACUCCAGAGAGAGAGAAGGGGUGCACAUAAUUAGAAGUGAAAGAAAGUUAGAAACUCAAAAUGAUUCUGAUAAUUCCCUACCCGUCCGAUCAAAAAAGAGCGUGAUCAUCGCGUGGAACUCUACACAGUCCCUCUCCCUCUCCCUUUCCCUCCUCUUUCUCUCUGCUUUAGAGAUUUCGGUUCGUUAGCCCAGUUUGAUUGGACGUUUGUAUCCUAAAAGUAAGAAAGAGCGAAUCUUCCUUCCAUGGCGUUAUCAGCUAAAGCUUUGAGCUUUAGGUGUUUUAGCUGAUCGAUCGAUCGACCGUGCUCUUUCUUAUGACCACCUAAUCCCACCUCCAGGUCCUUAAUUCUUCUCCAGAUCGAGAGUCCAGAGAGUUCAAAUUAGGGUUUCAUGAUUCUUGAUAAUCCCCAAAAUUGUUAUUGGAGAUCUUAGGGUUGGUUCAGUAAUUAGCUUUCUUCAGACUUGAAUCUGAAGCGAAUCUGAAGAGAAUAUACCAAACUCACCCCCCCCCCCCCCCCCCCCCCCAAAUUGCUUUUCAUCCACGCUAGGAUAACAAAGUGAAAAGCAAGAGCCUUUUACUCUUUGUUUAUUGAUGGGUGAAGAGUUAGCCGACACAAUGAACCUGGAUUUGAAUCUAGGCCCUGGUCCUCCUGACUCGUCAGAUCUCCAUGGGGUGCUAAAUGAAACUGUGGAUUUGGCUGAUUGGACUAUUAAUGAGCCACCAUCUGAGAGAUCUUCAGACGCUGUUACGAGGAUCAGAACCCGGCAUAGGACGCGGUUCAGACAGCUUAAUCUCCCCAUCAUCCCGGUUCUGUCCGAAACCAUGACUAUAGAUUUGACCCAGUUGAUGGGAAGUUCCGCAAACGGAGGAGUUGCUCUGCAGACUGGCGAGGGUAGUGAAAGAGGAGGCAACGAGAAUCUGAAAAUGUGCGAGAAGAACGGCGAGGGAGCCAUUGGAGACAACAGUGUAUCAGAGAAGAAACCGGAUGCUGAGAAAAGCACAGGCGGCGGUGAUGGUAACUUUUUCGAUUGUAAUAUAUGUUUGGACUUGUCAAAGGAGCCGGUUCUCACCUGCUGUGGCCAUCUUUACUGUUGGCCUUGUCUGUUCCAAUGGCUAAACAUCUCUGAAGCAAAGGAGUGCCCUGUCUGCAAAGGAGAAGUGACCUCCAAAACCGUGACGCCGAUAUACGGGCGUGGGAACCAUAAAAGAGAACUUGUUGUAGAGUGUUUAGAUACCAAGAUCCCCAUGAGACCUCACGCGAGACGCGUAGAGAGCUUGAGGAGUGCUAUUCAAAGGUCGCCUUUUACGAUACCGAUGGAAGAGAUGAUUAGACGUAUACAGAGCAGGUUCGACAGGGACUCGACCCUUGUCCCUGAUUUUAGCAACCGGGAGGCGUUGGAAAGAGUUAACGAUCGAGCCAAUUCGAUUCUUAACAGGUUGAUGACUUCUAGGGGAGUUAGAUCAGAGCAGAACCAGGCUAGUGUUGCAGCAGCAGCAGAGGAUAUUGAUCUGAACCCCAACGUUGAAGGAGAGACCACCAGCACGAGGUUUCAUCCUCUGUUGAUCAGGAGACAGUUACAGUCGCAAAGAGUAGCAAGAAUCUCGAACGUCACCUCUGCGUUGAGCUCUGCUGAGAGGCUUGUUGACGCGUAUUUUAGAACUCAUCCAUUGGGAAGGAACCACAACAACCAAGAGCUGCAGCACCAUCAUGCUCCUGUUGUGGUUGAUGAUAGAGACUCUUUCUCAAGCAUUCAAGCUGUUAUAAACUCUGAGAGUCAGGUGGAUACCGCGGUUGAGAUUGAUUCAAUGGUCACUCUUUCGACAUCUUCUUCGAGGAGAAGGAAUGAGAAUGGGUCGAGGGUUUCUGAUGUAGACAGUGCUGAUUCUCGUCCGCCUAGGAGAAGGAGAUUUACUUGAAACAAAUUAAAGAAAAAGCUUUCAACCUGUGGAAGAAGAUUGUAACUGUGUUUUUAGUUUGUUUCUUGUUGGUUUGUUGUAUGUUAAAUAUUUUUUUCAGGAAUUAUGUUCUAAUUGAACCUGAAUCCAUAGUUAAAUUCCACAAAAGGGA